CUCUCCCACGCAACCCCUACGGAAAAAAAUAACCUCUCCCCGGCAAAAGGGAAAAGAAAAGGGAAACAGAUCGAACCCUCUCGUCGGCAUUUCGCCGAGCACACGGCAUGCUGUCGCUCCGGCGCGUCCUCCGCCUCCCCGUGCCCUCCUCCUGCGGCCCCCGCCGCCUCCUCUCAUCCCACCGCCGUGCUCCGUCGCACCCGACUGCGGCCACCGGCGACGACGAGUGGAACGACGCGUGGGAGACCGCAUGGCUCCCGGGCGACUCCCCCGCCUCCUCCCCGGCACCCGCCGCGCCGUGGGAGUCCCCCACCUCGGAAGCCGCCGCGGCCACCGUCCCGGCCGUAUCCGCCGAGGUGGACCCUGACACCAAGGCCUUCGUCGCCGACAUGGACGAGCGCUGGGCCGAGCGCCGCGCCGCGACGAGGCGGCCGCGCGCUCCUCCUCGCCCCGCGGCCGCCGAGGGAGGGGGCGGCGCCGGGGCGAAGAAGGCAGGGGCGGACGAGUACAGGACGAGGAAGCAGCGCGUGCACGCUGCGCUUUGGGUCAAGGAGAUCGACAAGAUGGAGGAGGCGCGCCUCGGCGGCGGCGGUGGCCGUGGCGCGGCCGACGACAUCGACCGGCUUCUCGACUCGUGCUCGGAGAUCUUCGAUUCCGGCAACGCUGAUUUUGGCGAUCCGAAGAUUCCAAGAACCGGCGAGAUCAAAACCAAGCCGGAUGGUUGGGAGACUACCUCGAGGGGUCAGGACGGUAACAUAUGGGAGAUCUCACAGCGCGAGGAGGACAUCCUUCUCCAAGAAUUUGAGAGGCGCAUUGCUUUCAGCAAACAGCAGAUUGCUAGCUUCAUCAAAACUCACAUAUUUAGUCGAAGGCGGCCUGUCGACGGAUGGAAGUACAUGAUUGAAGAAAUCGGCCCCAACGCAAGGAAAGGGAAGGGGAGCGUACAGAGGCUGCCAAGUGUGACUGAUCCGGCUACGCAGCCGUUCAGGGAGGAGUCGCCUGCAAUUGCCUCUGCUGGUGGUUCCUCCUCUGGUCCUCCCCCCUUCAGAGGAAACCGACAUUACUGAUGUUCAGUAUGCAUGCAAUCCCCUACCGAUUUUCAUUGCACACAUCCAGGCUUUGUGGCUCCAAAAGUGCACUGGUGGCUAGAUUCCUUGUGGAGAAACUGUGUAUUUUCUGGAUCAUAUAUGCUUCCUUUGUGCACUGAUGCACUGCUUUUGAAGUACAUAGUUUUUGCAAA